AUGGCAAAGGAGUGUCUUGAGACAAACUAUUAUGGUGUGAAAAGAAUGACUGAAGCAUUUUUUCCACUCCUCCAAUAUUCCAAGUCGCCGAGGAUUGUCUGCGCUAAAGGAGUAUUAAGUGACACUGAACACCUCACAGAAGAAAAAAUAGAAGAGGUGAUAAAUCAAUAUCUGAAGGACUUCAAAGAAGAUUCACUUCAAGCCAAGGGCUGGCCUUCUCUCAUGUCAGCCUACAUACUCUCUCAAGCAGUGAUGAACGCGUACUCCAGGAUCAUGGCAAAGAAGCACCCAUCUAUACAGAUAAAUUGCAUCUGCCCUGGUUAUGUGAAAACGGAUAUCAGUUACAAUCGUGGGGUAUUUCCUGCUGAAGAAGGCGCGAAGAGUCCUGUAAGGCUUGCUCUGCAGCCUGAUAACAGCCCUUCUGGUUUAUUCUUUGUUCGGAAAGAAGUCUCAUCUUUCAAAUAA